AUGGGCCAUUUGAAGGGAUUUGUCCGGAAGAUUCACAGCGGAUCAAAAAAGAAGUCUGCAUCCUCUUCGCUUAAUCAACGUCUCCAACAACUUCAAGAGGACGCAUAUUUAUCAAAUCCUCGACUUGGUGAGAGAUUAGAAGAAGCGAUUCGUAAUCAGCCAGGAAAUCCGUCUUCGGAGUAUCAGCCAGAAAAUCCAUCUUCGGGGCCGGAAUAUCAGCCCGCUUCUUCUAUCAGUAAGCUCCCCAGUUAUGCCGAUAAACAGACUAGGGAGAUCGCCACUAGCAGACCGUGGACAGGUGAAAUCUCAGCCUAUGAUAUUUCAUCAAGAUAUAAGAGUGAAUCACGUGAUAAGCCAAAGAAAGUGAAUAGGCAAGAAAAGUUGCAUAAUGCUAGAGAAGAUGUACUAGACUAUCGAUUAUCCAAGCAUGAAAAGAAGUCACGUGAGGGUGAUGCAGAUGAUGGUUGGAGACAAAUGUAUAAGGAGAGAUUAUUAGGUCCGACAAUGUUGGUGAGUGAUACUUUUGCUGGAGUGGAUAGUGGAAUCAAAUCUUUAGCUGAUCAAAAAAUCAUGGAAGCACAACGACGAGGUGAUUUCAAAAAUAUAAAGCGUGGGAAACCUCUGCAAAAGGGAUAUACUAAUACCAAUGCAUUCAUUGAUCGUACAGAAUAUCACUUAAAUCGGAUAAUGAAGGAGCAAGAAGCGAUUCCACCAUGGAUCGAGAAACAGAGGUCUACGGAAGUGGAAAUAGAACAUUUUAGGCGGCAAUUGGAUAAAGCAUGGACUUUACGUGCUGUAAGACUUGUAGAGGAACUUUUUCCAGGAUUGGACAAAGAGGCUGUGUUGAAUAAGAUGCAGGAGUAUGCAUCAUCAGGAGGAGUUGAGUUAAGGAGUAAAGAAUGGGAAGAUAGAGAAAAGAAAACGUACCUUACAUUCAAAGUCCGUAAACUUAAUGACAGCAUCCGAGGUUAUAACUUACAGGCACCUUUAGCAUCCCAGAAAUUAUACCUAAACGAGGACAAUGAGGUGCAAGACUGCUAUAAGCGUGUGAAUCCACGAAUCGUGGCAGAAUACAAGAAAAUAAAAAUGAAAUCUAAUGGUGAUGACAAUGCAAAGGGGCCGCAAUCGGAAAGGAGAUGGAAACCUUUCUGUGGGGCUCUUGGCCGGACUAAAAUACCACAAAGAACUAAUAUUCCACAGAUGCCUGUUGAACCACUCAGUCAAAUGUUUUGGAAGCUUUUCAAGGGAGAUCAUUAA